AUGAGUUUUAUAACCAAAAAACUUGAAAAGGCGCUGGGUGUUGAUUUAAAUGGCGAUGGUGUAAUUGGUUCAAAUCGCAGUCGUUCAAGAGGCGGUGGAGGUAUAGUAAAUAAAAUAGAAAAAGUUGCAGGUGUAGAUCUUAAUGGAGAUGGCUAUAUAGGUGGUGGUAGAGGUAUAAAUCGUGGUUCAGGUCGUGGUAAUUUACAAAGCCGUAGAGGAAGAGGUGGGGGUAGACAUCCAGUUCCACAAAAUUAUGGUCAACAAGGUGGUCCUAAUUACUCUCCACAGUUUAAUCAGUAUGGGGGAUCUGGAUAUAGACCAAAUCCUCAGCUGUCCAAUAAUGAUAUUUUGGUGGAUCGAUUGGAAAAAGCUACAGGUCACGAUCUUAAUGGCGAUGGUCGAAUUGGUGUCGUAGGUCCUGGCUCACCCCAUAAUCAGUACGGGCCUCCUCCUCCUUAUCCUAUAAAUAAUAAUCAAUAUGGUAAUUCUUAUAAUUAUCAACCAAACUUUAAUCAGAAUGGAGGACCUCGAUAUGGAUCAAAUCCUUAUCGGCCCAACAAUGAUAUGAUGGUGGAUCAAUUAGAAAGAGCCACAGGUGUGGAUCUUAAUGGUGAUGGACGUAUUGGUGGUCAUGGUCGUCAGUUUAAUCGUAAUUAUUAA